CGUUUUCGUAUUGGAAAACGGAGCCGUAUCAUUUCGGAUCAUCUCAAGUUCUCUACCAUCCAUCCCCCCAGUAACGCUUUGAAAUUUACAAAAGCAUCUUAACGCUGCACAUAUGUUGUUGUUCACACUUCACACCACCACUUCAUCUCUUUCUCUCUUCCUUCACCGACAAUUCUCGCUCACUCUCAGGAAAUGGAAAGUGUUGAACUUUCGCUGAAGAACAUUAACCGGAAGGAGAAACCCGACGAUUUCUCAGUGGACGACUUGCUUGACUUCUCAAACGACGACGUUUUCGUUGAGGAUGAAACUAAACUGAAGGCAGCAGGAGUCUCUGUUUCCUUGAAUGACGAAACUACCCUUAACCGGAGCAACGAAUUAUCCACCCACGCCUGUGAAGAUUUUGGCAGCGAGCUCGCCGUACCGACGGAUGAUUUAGCGGAACUCGAAUGGCUAUCCAAAUUCGUAGAGGACUCGUAUUCGGCUCCGACGAAGAAACCGGUUUGGUUAACCGGAGACCGGAGACACCCUGUAGCACCGGUUAACGAGGGUUUGUGCUUCAAAGCACCUCUUCCGGUUAAAAUCAGAACCAAACGAGCCAGAACCGGAGUCAAUGUCUGGUCUCUUGGUUCGUCGUCGUUAACCGACUCGUCUUCGAGUUCGUCGUCCUCGUCCAAUCCGUCAAGUCCUCUAUGGCUCACCGGCGCUGAGUUUCUUGAUGAGAAAGCGGUUAAAAGACAGAAGAAGAAGGUUUUGGAAAACGGUGGUCAGACGCAGACGCAGACGCGGCGGUGUAGCCAUUGUGGCGUUCAGAAAACGCCGCAGUGGAGAGCAGGACCAUUGGGAGCGAAGACGCUGUGCAAUGCGUGUGGUGUGCGUUUCAAGUCGGGUCGGUUAUUACCCGAAUAUAGACCCGCUUGUAGCCCAACUUUCUCGAGUGAAUUGCAUUCCAACCACCACCGUAAAGUCAUUGAGAUGCGUCAGAAAAAGGAGAUGUCCACCGAUGUUGAUGAAUCCGGUUUAAACCGGACGGUUCAGGCUGUGCAGAGUUUUUGAACAAGUAGAGAAGAUUUGUGAUCCGACCCGACCCGACCCGGUUAAGUUUUAGCAUUAACUGCUCUGAAAUACUGUUAUUUUCAAAAAAAUUUACCUCUCGUCUGUCGUAGUCGUAGUCGCAGUAGCUUUUUUUUUUUGGUUUUUUAGUAACUGGUCAGGUUUUAAGACUUUAAAACUCAUAUCCUUAUAUAUUAUUCGUUUCGCGUUAAAUUUCUGGUUUUUUUUU